UGGGACUCGAUCGCAGUUCCUCGGGGUGAUAGUCAUGUGAUGUGCUUUAACCAUCACAUCAUGUCCGCUCCACAAGAAUUUUGCAUGGGGUCUCUGCUAAAGUACCUCCCGAGAUUUCUCCCUGAUAUGCUACCAGAUUUUAUCGUAGUGGUUUUGUUAGCUUUCCAAAAGUUUCUAGGAUUUCAUCACGGGAUUUCUUUUUAACGAUUUUAGAGAUUCACCUUGAAUUUCCUUAACUUUUUCUUCCGGAUUUCUUUUGAAGUUUCUCUCGAUUCCCCCAAUAAGUCUUAAGCAGAGACUUUCCGGGCUUCCUUCCAAUAUAUCUCUGGAAAUUUCUCACACGAAAUCUUAUAAGUUAUCCUAGGAGACAUUCCGAGAAAAAAGCUCGUUCGAAAAUUCCUGUAAGAAUUCAGGAAGCAAGCAUUGAAAAAACUCCCACACGGAGCAUUCAGAAUCUCGGGACAAUUUCUGGACGGAACUUCGGAAAGAACUCUGGGAAUAUAACCAAGAAAAUCUAUAAAAAUGUCAGGUGGAUCACUGCAAGAAAUGCGGUCUACAACUACGCGAAAAAGCCUAGAAAAAGUUCUGAAAGAAAACGCGAGAAGAAAUAUCAGCAAUGGCUCCUGCAGAAAUCGCAAAAGGUACUCCGGAAAAAGUCCAGGGUUUAUACAGAAAAACUCUGAGAGACAUUCCAAUACUGGAAGAAAUCUAAAAAAAAAUACAAAAAAACUCAAGUAAAAUGACUAAAAACGGUUCUCGCGAGAACCUUUAGGAAAUAUCCCCGCUACUACUCCUGUAUAAAUCCAGGAAGAAGCUCCAGAAGAAAUAAAAGAAGGAACUCUUGCAGAAAAUUAAAAUGCUUGGAGGUGCUCUAGUAGAAAUCUCGGGAAGAUCAUUUGAGAAAGUUCCAAGAGGAACACUAUAAGGAAUCUCGGAAAAUCUCCAAGAGGAAUGUUGUGUUGAAUGUGUAGGUUCCAUUGUUGGUUAUUCUUCCAGAAACGUUUCAAAAAUCCCAAACACCUUUUAGUGAUCUAAUAGAGGUAACUCAAAAUAAUUGACCUCACAUUUCCCAAUAAAUGGCAAAAAAUGCAUGUGCAUGGACUUUGCAAAAAAAAAAAACAGAAUAUUCACAACAAAGUCAUUAUACGGCACUACAUAUCAACCAGAUUUACUGUGGCACAUCAUUGAAAAAUUUUGAAUCGAUAACAAUUUCUUUUGAGAAGCAUUUCAUUGAGGAUUAUUUAUAUUGUGAAUGCAUCGACACUUUGUUGUAUCCAAAACUGUUAAACAUUGGAACUAAAGCGUGGACUUCAUUCACCUUUGCGAUACUUCAAGCUAGCUCACACCGAGCAGUACAACAUUCCAACUGAACGCGGAAGCCAAACAGGAAAUACGCACUUGGCAAACCUCCUCACAGUGCGCACAAACUUUGAUUGUUGAUACCGCCCAAAAAGUGAAACUCAAGCAAUAAGUCAAAAAUGAUGGAGCAGUUUUAGCACAUCAUGCCAUAUAAAAUACGUCGAGUAGAUUCAUUUGACUCAGCAGUACGAUAUUGAUAGUGUCGAUCAGUGUCACGCGUUCGAAAGUAAAAUGGCAAAAUUUGAGUGUUUGUUUGUGUUGGCAGCCGUUUUGGCUGUUGGACUGGUUGGAGCCGCUCCUUCACCUCCAGAUCACGGUCACAAGGCUCCGGAACCAGCGCACGCACCGAAACCGGCAGAACAUGCCCAUGCAGCCCCAAGCCACGGCGAUGCCCAUGGAGCCCACAAGCACCCGGUUCCAGCACCACUGAAGUACCCUCACCACAAGCCUGCUGAACAUGGUCACGCUGCUCCUGCGCACCACGCCGCACCUGCUCAUCAUGCUGCUCCUGCGCACCAUGGAUACGUCGCCCCGGCCAUGCACAAGGCCCCGGCUGCCCACGGCCAUCACGCUCCCGCAGCGCCAGCCCACAAGGGCCAUGUUGCCCACGGACGGUCCUACGGUCAUCACGGUUACCACGUCGAACCAGUGGCCCACGGAUAUCACGCCGGCCACGACGUCGUCCACCACGCCUACGCCGUGAAAGCUCCCCAUGUUAAGUGCGGAGCCAACCUGUUGGUCGGAUGCGCCCCAGAAGUUGCCCAUGUGCCAUGUGUCCCACAUAAACCCGCCUACGACCACAAACCCCACUACUGAGAUUCCUUUGUAAGAUUGUUUGCCAAAUAAAUUUGUUAUGUGCUUUCGAAAAAUGUUUCCAAUAUCCAUCAAGUCUCAAAAAGAACGUUUCCCACAUUAAUCGAUUGGACACCGUGUUUAACCUUCCGUUACUCGCGCGGUUGACUACCUGCGUCAGCACCACGCUAAUGCUGAGUACAAAAAGCGACAUUUUUUCAUCGUGUUGUACAAAAUACAACAGCGCGAUCGCUCGAGGGUUAAACGGCUGAAAACGCUUUCGCUUCCGAGUUCUGCUUCGCUUCGCUAACAAGAUCAAAACGGUCCAUUGACUAAUCC